AUAAACCAUUUGUUUGUUUCGCAAGUGCAUAGGAACCCGCUUUAAGCGAAAACGGUUCGUUCCGAUUUAAUUAGUCGAAGUGCAUCGCGUGUCGCAACGGUCAAGCGAAAAGUCGGCGUUGACAUCUCUUAAUACAAUAAUUAAUAGAAGUGUGAACAGUGUAUGACAGCCGUUUAUCAGUCGCCGGCUAACUACGUAAAUACAUAGUGUACGUAGGAGUGCAUCGUGGCCAGAUAAAGGAUUUGCAGUAUGUUUAUGCGUUGGGGAGAGGAGGCGGGCGGGGAGCCGGCAGUGCGCGCGCGAGUUGCCCGCGAUGCACGCGUGCCGCCCGCCGCUGCGUAGUAUUCCUUGCACCACGAGGGGCACACUAUGGCCGAGUGGGCUCUCAGUCGCGAGUGGCCCGAUCGGUCCUGCCAGCCUCAGUUCCAGGGCUACGACUACUUCCAGCCCCCGCCGCAGCCGUUCGAGUCGCAAGCGCACGCGUUCGCCCCGAUGCAGCACUCCGGCCAGCUGCCGGGCUUCAUCGCGCCCGGCAUGCUGCCGGCCCAGCCCAGAGGAGAAAACCCGCGGGAGGUCCGCAACAGGGCCGAAAAGCAGCGCCGCGACAAGCUCAACCAGAGUAUCUACGAGCUCGCCUCGAUGGUGCCGCCCGUAGUGGCUUCAAGCCGCAAGAUCGACAAGACCGGCGUGCUGCGCCUCACCGCGCACUUCUUGAGAUCUCAUCAGUACGUAUUCGGUGAGACGAUUGGUCGUGCGCCCACCGAGAUCAACAGCGCAUCUGCACAAGCGCUGUUGCAGUUUUUCAACGGAUUCUUACUCACUACCACAUACAAGGGAAUCGUAGUAGUCGUGUCCCAAAAUGUGCAGCAGUAUCUUGGAUAUACUGAGUUGGAACUCCUCGGCCAGAACUUAUUCACAAUCACUCACAAGGACGACCACAAGACACUUCUCUACCAAUUAAAGCCCAGGAGCCAAAUCUUGGGGCCCAACGGGGAACUUCUGAUCCCUGAUCGGCCGGACGGGAAAUCACUGGUGGCCAAAGCAUUGGCUGGCGAGAAAAGGCGAUUCGUCUUAAGGUUUAAGAAGCACACGCAGCGUUCAGAGCCAACUCAGUACGUCGCGUGCUUAGUGGAGGGUUCCCUGCGCAAGUCGGAUGGCGCCUGCCGCGGCAACAACCGCUGUUGCCAGAUGGUGCGCCGCGCGCGCGCCAGGGGCGACAACCCGUGCUCCAGUGGCAAUGACGUCGUAUUCAUCGGCAUCGUGCGUCCCACAGUGGAGACAUUCAAGAAGGAGCAACAACUCGAGCAGUUCCGCAUGGAGUACCGCACUCGUCACUCCAUAGACGGGCAGAUCAUACAGUGUGAGCAGCGCAUUGGCCUGGUGACCGGGUACAUGACCGACGAGGUGCAGGGCGUCAAUGCUAUGAACUUCAUGCACCGUGAUGACGUGCGCUGGGUCAUCAUAGCUCUGCGGGAAAUGUAUGACCAGCACCGCCUCUACGGCGAGUCGUGUUAUCGUCUCAUGAUGAAGAACGGCCAGUUCAUCUACAUGAGGACCAGGGGCGCUCUCGAGGUGGAGACCGGCACUAAGGCGGUGACCAGCUUUGUAUGCACGAACACCAUGAUGAACCCGGACGAGGGCCAGCACCUCAUCAAGAUGAUGAAGAUGAAGUUCACCAUGCUCGUCAAUAACAACCAGGAGCCGCCGCAGGAGCCUGAGGUCACUGAGACAAACGACGAUUCAAUACCGGUUGAAGAUCCAAAACAGCUCGAGAAAGUCAUCCUCCACCUGGUGACCAACUUACCUUCGCCCCAGUCCGACGAGAAGGACCACAGCUUGUCGCCCGAGAGAGACGGGCCCCACGUUCACUUGGCCAUAAUACCGCCCCGCAAAGAGCGCAUCGUAAUGGGUAUAGAGAAAAUAUACACCGUCAUUAAAAAUUUCAACAAUCCCAACAUUGACGAACAUGUUGACGUUAAGCGUAUAAGAGCUUCUAGCGUAGAGGCAACCACGCCUUCCCAUGAUACUCAGGAUGCAUCCCCGGAAAACGCCCCCGCGACGCUUCCUACAAUCUCGACCAUCACCAAUAAACAUUACCGCACACAAUCAAACUUGAACGACUUUGGAGAAAUAUUUCAGAACCUUAAACCUGCUCUGCCAAAAGAAGAAAGCCGUGAAGUAAAAACACCAACGUCCUUCGCUGAAUAUAUAGUUAAACAACCUAACAAACAGACCAAGUUUAAUUUUACAAAAACGGGAAAAGUUUGCGAAAUUGUAAACCUGGAAGAGCCCGGUUCUAGUUUUAGCGUCAUUGGAACGAAACGCUCUAUGGAUUUUUCAGCUGAAGCCGAUUUUUCGAAAAAGAAGUCUGCUCAGAACGAACCCGAGGAAGCAGUAAACGGCCGCAGCUCUCCAACGUUAGAGAGUUUCUUCAAUGAUGCCAUUCUAAACACACAAAUUUCCCAGCUUGAUGAUGCCCUGAUAUCUUUGGAAGAUACAAUCGAUCCAUUCCCCGAUCUUUUGAUAUCUCAGGACGUGCAAGAUAUAUUAGGUGGCCUAGACCCGGACGAGCAGCCUGAGCCAAAUUAACAAUAAACCGUUCAGCCAAGUUGCGGCACCAACCGGAUCUCCUGUAAAUAUGACGCCAGUUACACGUGAAAUCAUAUUUUCCGUGAAAGAAACCAAUUAAUGAGUGGAGCUUGGAUAUUGAAUACCUUUACGGCACCCACACGAUACCAAACUUUGGAAGAACGUAACCUGACGAGGCGUGUAUGUAAUACAAAGAAACAAUAUCUAAAAUUGUAUAGUAUAAAGUACGUAGUUGAAGAGUAAGUAGUCUAGGUGUAAAUUAUGUAUGGAACUCAUAUUUUCUACUGAACGUAUAUAUAAAUAAGUAAGUAUGAAUUUGAAUGUGAAAGAGUAUAUUUUUAAUCUAAAUGUUGAGUAGUUUUUGAUAUAAAGAGUAAAGUGAAUGUGUAGUAGUAAUGUAGUUCCCCGGAAUCCGUUAGUAGCAUAACUUCGUGAACGGGUAUACUUUGCCAUAAGGUUAGCCUUAAGUAUUUCGACAACCCAUGAGUGAACUUUGCACAUACACACUUAUAUAGGAUAUGGACGACUGUAUCAUGACACACACAUUAAAUACUUACACUGUGCUAAAGUACUUGUUAUUAUAAUUGUAAUCGUAACUUAAUGUCCAAUUUACGCAUAGUAUGGAUACUAAUUCCAUUUUCUUGGCAUGUACACAGCAAGUUAUAUAAUUUUAUGUAGGUGUCUAAUUGAUUUUGAUGAAUGAGUUCAUAGUUAUGAAAGAAAGUCUUGAUUACUUUAAUUACAUUAGUUUUGUAAGUAUUGCGUAUGUAGGUUACAAUAACAUUUGUUAAUAGCUUUUUGAUAAUGUGAAAAUGAAAACUUCCUUGCAUUGUGAUGUAAAUAAAAAUCUCGAUACCAAUGCUACUUACCUAAUACUACUCGUACGUUGUAGGGACGAUACGCAAAACCCAAUUUCCCUUAUGGCUCGCACAUGGCGCAAGUAACCCACACUAGUUGAAGCCCGGGCUACGUACGCAAACAGCAUUCUUC